AUGGACGCCAACAAGCGGAGCACAGUUGGAGAUGCUCCGCUGGUGAUCGAGUCUGAGAAGUUGUUCCUGCGGUCGUCAGAACCCCCAAGGAAACUGACAUUGAGAUCGACACGGAAAUGUUCAACGACCUGCUUUGCCGCCAUGAUUUGGGAGCAGCAGGAGUUCGUGGAGAAGGGAAUCCCAUUUCUUUCUCCUCCUUUCUACCGCUCUCAUCGCGAUAUCGCUAACCCGCCCGUUAGUCUAGCUAAUGCAGCAGGGUAG